GUGAAAACCAAUGAUGAACUGUUACUCUUCUUAAGUAAAGAACACCAGCAAGGAGUAGAUAAAAAAAGACAAAGUAAAAUAAGUGGAGGUUACCUUCAUAAAAACCCAACUUGUGAAUGGACACGGGAUACAUGCAGAAAUGAGUGCUUGGAACUGUAUAGUUUUUCAGCCUCUCUCGCUCACAACAUUACAAGAGAUGUUAAAAGAGAGCUGACGGCAUCUACAGUUGGUUUGCCAAAAUCCUUAACAGAUUCUUGCCUUUAUGAAAAAAAUGGAUGCGACGAAGAUGGCGAGUCUCACUUCGAGCCAGAAUUUCCCGCGUCUCUUCAGCCUUCCUCACAAAAUCGCAGAUUUUCCUGCAGUACCGGCAGCUUGAGUGGGUGUGGUUAUGGAGAGACUGUUGUUCCAGCUGUAGAACAGUACGCUAGCAAAGUAGUGGAUGACGCUUUAGAGCUGAGUUCAGGAUCUGCAGUCUUCCACGUGUCUGAGACCACAAAAGCGGCCGAUAGGGUCACUUAUGCAGAAAAGUUGUCACCUCUGGUAAGUCAGACUUGCAGGUAUUGUGACGGGAAAGAGCUCCAUGACUGCACUGGAAAUUCAUGUCCACACUUUCCCAGACCAGAUUCACUUGCUGGUAGUAAGCCAGUUUCUAAUUCAAAAUUUAGCAACAUCUACCAGAAAUCUAGGGUUUUUCGUCUCGACGUCCCUCAAAUUCACAUUGAUCUUGAUAAGAAGACAGUGCUUGCUGAGAAGAUAGUUGCGGAAGCGAUUGAAAAGGCAGAGAGAGAGCUGAGCAGUACCAGUUUGGCAGCUGAGAGUGGGAUCGGACAGGACGGUGUCAUCUUUGCUGAAAGCCUCACUACUGAGAUAAUGACGUCGGCGAUGAGGAAUGUUGGUCAGGCCGUUAGCAGUCCAAAAGAAAUAGAAGACUUUCGGUCAACUGAGUCUUUUGGUAGCCAGCAGAUGAAUCUCAGUAUUGGUGAUGACAGCACUGGUAGCUGGUCCAAUUUAAGUUUUGAAGAUGAACACCAGGAUGAAAGCAGUAGUUUUCAUCAUCUAAGUGAAAGUAAUGGUAACAGCAGUAGCUGGAGCAGUCUUGCUUUAGAAGGAGAUUUGUAUGAGGACAAUUUAUCCUUUCCAACAUCAGACAGUGAUGGGCCAGAUGAUAAAGAUGAAGAGCAUGAGGAUGAUGUAGAAGGUUCAGAGCAAGAUGGAAAUACUCUGCUAAUUACGAAUGUUGACACGGAGCCAUGCACAGUAGACCCCCAGCUAAGGAUUAUUCUUCAGUGGCUCGUUGCCUCUGAGGCCGAAGUUGCAGAACUUUAUUUUCAUGACUCUGCAAAGAAGGAGUUUAUACAACUUUCAAGACGAUUACAAGAAAAAGGCUGGAAAGUGGGAGACCUUCUGCAGGCUGUGCUUAAAUACUAUGAGGCGAUGGAGAAGACGUCCAACGACGAGAGAUCUGAGUCCCUGUUUGAUUGGCUCUUGGAAAAUGCAUAGAACAAACUCCAAACCAGUAUAUUUUAUUAUUUGUUUUGAGAGAGGAAGGAACAGAUAAAGAUGCAUAGGGUAAAAUUUGAAUAGUGAAUAUUAACAUUUAAAGUGAAUUGGGAGGAAGGUAAAUAUAGCUUUUUAAGUGCGUUGUGUCAUCACAUGGUAUAUAUAGUUCAAACUUUUGUAAUCUCUCAAAUAUUAUCUUCGUUUAUUCUUCUAUACACAUGUGUAGUGUGUUAAGACCCUAAGAACAUGUAUUUGAAGGCUUUCAGGGACAUUCACUGACAGCAUUCUUUUUGCAUCCAAAUAGUGCUGCUAGAAUUUGCACUGAGGUGGCUGAGGGUGGGUGACAGGGAUAGGGAGUUAUAUUUUGCUCCUUUGCAAGCAAAUGGUAUCCUGUUAAUAACAAAUCUCACAUCAAAAAAUAGCAUCGAGGCUAAUUUUUUUUCUGACAUCUUUUGUCCUAUAUUUAAGGGUCAAUUUUAUUUUCAUGGUUCACCUAUUGGUAGCUUUUUGAAUCCCCCAAGUUAUUUAAUUUCUUAGAAACAUAAGUAGUUUAGGUUUCUAUAAAUAUCAUAAGUGGUAGUUUCCCCAGCCUUUCAUCAAAUGACAUUAUUUGCUAAUGUUACCAGUUGUUCUGGCAUGAAAGCAAGUGUGUGUGUGUGUGUGUGUGUGUGUGUGUGUGUGUGUGUGUUGUGUGCGCGCGCGUGCGUGUGCGUAAAGGAGAACUUUACCUUGCUAGUGGUUGGUACCCUCUUUUAUUUUACUCUUGUUAGAAACCCACUGUUAACAUUAAAAAGGUGCUUUAAAAUAAAAUGUCUAUAAAGA